AUGCGUUUUUUUGUGUCAUCGCUAGCUCUCCUGAGCAUCAUCUCCCAGUCCCUCGCUGUACCCGCUGCGAUAGCGCAGCCAUCAAGUAAAGACGCCACAACAACCGUUGAGGAACGCCAACUUCUCACAAACCUUUUACCUGGUCUCCUACCUGGGGUGGUGUCGCUCGUUAAGGGUCUUCUCGCCGAUGUUAAUGUUGCCGUAGCUGAGGGCAAGCCUCAGGAAGUUCUCAACAUUCUCCAGAAGCUCCAACCCACAGCGCGACCGACGAAAAUCCAAGACGCUGUCGCGGCACACGCCAAGAUAUGGGCGACUCCAACCACAAGAACAGACUUUUUUGCCGCUGUUGCAACACAGAUAGCUGGCGGUCUAGUGCUUGACCAGACACUUCAAGCGGUCUUGAACGGCGGUUUGCCGGUAGGAGAAAACACCGUCAAGAACAAUAACCCAGAUCCAGCGUCUUCCAUCUACCCCAAGAAGGAUACCACCGAUGCGCCAUAUACGCUUUCCGAAUCCGCUCUCCGGCAAGCAAUAUUCAUUCCACCCACCUUCACAUACGGAGCCAAACGUCCCGUCAUUUUUGUCCCAGGAACCGCUUCUUACGGCGGCACCAACUUUGCAUCCAACCUGCGGAAAUUGCUCACAGGCAAGGAUUUCGCUGAUCCAGUAUGGCUCAACGUACCCGGCGCCAUGCUCAACGACACGCAAACAAACGUAGAAUACAUUGCCUACGCCAUCAACUACAUCAGUGCUAUCUCGCGUCAAAACCAACAAAACAUCGCCGUCAUCACUUGGUCCCAAGGUGGUCUCGACACCCAAUGGGUACUAAAGCACUGGCCCUCCACACGACAGGUCGUCAAAGACUUCCUACCCGUCUCUGCAGACUUCAAAGGCACAGUCUUUGCAAACGCCCUCUGCCUAACACCAAACAGCGAUGUAAACCUGCUACCGUGCAGCACCGCUCUCAUCCAACAACAAGCUACAAGCGACUACAUCCGAAGCCUGAGAUCCAACGGCGGUGACAGUGCUUACGUACCUACAACAUCCUUCUACUCAGGCUUCUUCGACGAGGUCGUUGAGCCGCAACAAGGGACUCUGGCUUCCGCAUACAUGAACGACGCACGCAGCGUCGGUGUCACGAAUAUUGAGGUCCAGCGUGUGUGUACUGGCCAGCCUGCUGGUACUUUCUACGGCCAUUCUAGUGUUCUUUCUAACCCGCUUACCUACGCACUUAUUGUCGAUGCGCUGCAGCAAGAUGGACCGGGCGACCUAUCGCGCGUUGAUCUGAAGCGCGUAUGCAGCACCUUUGCUGCACCGGGACUUGAUCUCGAUGAUGUGUUGGCGACGAUUGGCUUGAUCCCAGUGGCAGGUGCGUUGUUGCUGUUGGAUCCUAGUACGAAGACGUUUGCCGAGCCUCCGUUGAGGGCUUAUGCGAUGUAA